AAGAUAGAGAAGCUUCACCACCCUUCACCUAGCCGGGGGGCCCCCUCCUCUUACCUGGAGCUGCCAGCUUUCCGGCUCCAGUGUGACUGCUCCGCCUGCCCUCUGGCCCGGCGGGAAGUAGCAAGGGAGCAAGGGAUGGGCUCCCCGUCUGCUGUACGAUCCCUGCUCCUGCCGCUGGUCCUGCUGCUCCAGCCCGUGGCGUGCCAGGCACAGGGGAAAUUCCGGAUGGUCCCCACCGAGAAGCGGGACGCCCAGCUGGGUCAGAGGAUACAGCUGUCGUGCGAGACGCUGGCCAUUGCGGAGACAGGAUGCUCGUGGCUGCGCCUGCCCCCCGGGGCCCGGGUGCCUACCUUUCUGCUCUUCAUCUCGGGCACCAGCACGACCGUGAGGAUGGGAGACAACGUGGACAAGAGGCUCCAGGGAGGGAAGAAGUCGAGUUCAAUCUACACCCUGACCCUGACUAGCUUCAGAGAAGAGGACGAGGGCUUCUACUACUGUGUGCUGGUCCGCAACGGCUUGAUGCACUUCAGCCACUUCGUGCCCGUCUUCCUGCCAGUAAAGGCCACCACCACCUCUGCUCCCAAGCCCACGACCACCACUCUGGCGACCACCACCAACUCUUCUAUCCAGAAUUCAGCUGGUUCUGGCAAAUGCAAACCCUUCAUUAAAUCCAAAGAAAAGAAAGGAUUGGAUUUCUCCUGUGACCUGUACAUCUGGAUGCCACUGACCGGUGUCUGUGUCGUCUUGCUCCUGGCCCUGAUCACUACCAUUAUCAUCUGCCAGAGGUCACGAAGACGAGUCUGCCGGUGUCCAAGGCCUCUGAUCAGACCAGGAGGAAAGUCUGGCCCACAAGAGAGAUAUGUUUAACCCAGCUAAUGGACAGGCAGCAGCAAUAACCAUGAUGGUGACUACUACAAGACUGUUAACUGAGAUAUUUCACUGUAUAAAUUAACCUUUUCCCCCUUCUAUUUCUUCAUUCU